GAAUCGUUUUACUUGGAUAUUGAUUUGCUACAAAACCAUGGAAUUGUAAGUUUGCCAAAGUUAUAAAUAUAGCCUGGGACGAUAAAACUGCCAUCUUCUGUAGUUAGGAUGCUAGGCCUAGGGGCUUGGAGCUAAUCCCUUCCCCCAGCCACCAACUUUGAAAAAAUAAGGAAUUGAAAAAAAUUUCUCCAUAGCUUAUAUAUUAAUAAUUCAUCGUUAUUGGUUUUGAAAGAUAUUGAAACGUGGAGGUUUCUGGCCUGCUUGUUAUAUCUUUCUCAGAACGUAGAAACUGCCAUUUCAAAUUCUCGAUUUCAAAAUUUUGCCCGGACCCACGUAGUGUUUGUUUAUCUCAGGAACCAAAACAAUUCCCCAGCGCCCAUGCAUUAAUUUGUACGGUACUUUGAUUUCAGAAUGUUGCUGAUAUUAAGAAGUUGAAAACAUCUGGAAUAUGUACCAUAAAGGUAAUUUCCUUAAGGUAUAUUGGUGUGGGGAGGGGCGUGUGUGUAAAGGGAAUACACAACCCGCUUUUGAUGAUACCGUAUUUUUUCUUUCAUAAGGGUGUUCAAAUGACCACAAGAAGAAAGUUGUGUCAGAUAAAAGGAAUAUCUGAGGCAAAAAUGGAGAAAAUUAAAGUAUGUAUUUUUCAUGAUAUUACAAACGAUUUGCACUUUGCUGGGCAUAUUAUUUGGGGAUUUGUUGUUUCUUUCAACAAAAUGUGACUACUACUUCUUUAUCUUUAUUUAUAGGAAGCAGCUGCAAAAUUGAAUGUACGUAUAAAAAUUAAUGUUUAUUACCGCUUUCUACUAGUCUUCUCCAGUGUUUUCUUUAGUAAAAUAUUUAUAUUUGUUGGACUGAGUAAAAUAUAGCAGUUGGACAAACGAUGCGUCUUCAAAACAGAGCGUAUAAAUCCUUUCCACAUAUCUAGAGUGCUGGUUUUGUGACCGCCUUGGAAUAUAGUGAUGCGAGAAAAAUGUGUUUCCGAAUUGCAACUGGUAGUGAUGAGCUGAAGUAAGUUUUUGAAGUACAACUUAGAGUCUUAGGACACCAUAUCAUGGUGAAUUGCUUUGCAGUUUGAUAUUACGAUGUGACAGCUUUUUUAUGUUUCUUUUAGUAAAUUGCUUGGAGGUAAGUUAUGUUUUUGUAAUGAGAUUUUUUGAACAUUGUAACAAUCCUCAUGAAUCAUUGUUAUUUCUUUUCUUACAUGCAAUAUCAAAUAAUUGUAAUCACAAAAUCUGAUCAAUUUCGUAGGUGGAAUUGAAAGCAUGUCCAUCACUGAGGUAUUUGGUGGUAAGUUAAUUUUACAGGGAUAGAUUUACGUGGGGGGGGGGCAGGGGUGCACCCAUUGCUUUGGCCUCGAUAAGCGCCCACGCUAAGGCUUGAUGAGCAUCUACCCUCCUCUACCACCUAUCCCUAUUUACAUAUGAAAUUAGGGGACUUGUUAAUCAAGGAAUGAACUUGUUCACAGUAAAUCUAUGUGUGCGUGUUAAUACUGUUUAUGUACUACUUACGUUGUUUUUCAGAAUUUAGGACUGGCAAAACUCAGCUGUCACAUACGCUCUGUGGUAAGAACUUUUUUUUAGAAGUUAAACACUUUGUAAUAUAGUAUUUUAGCCCCGGAAAGAAAACCCAAAUCUACCCACCAUUUGGCCAGCGGGCAAAACGACGUUUAUUCAACGUUGAAUCAACGUCGGAAAUGAUCUCCAGGACGUUGGAUAGACGUUAAAAAAUAAUUGAAAAUGCAAGUUGGAUCGACGUUACUCUUGACGGUUGAAACCGACGGUUGCCAAUCUCGUCAACCAUAAUUCAACGUUGAAUCCGCGUUAAAACAACGAUUACUUCACAAGUCGACGUCGUAUAAUCAACCAUGAAUGAACGUUGGUUCGACGUCUGUGAGCUGUUGUUGAACCAACGUUUUAGUGUGGCGGAUAUGUGCAUGGAUGUUUCCGAAGAGGGUUAAAAGCAUCAAAUUGUGCAUGCACAGUAGCAUCUUUUUAUGAGUAGAACAACAUGCAAAAGUGGGGCCAUCGUGAAACGGUUUUUUUACGAUGCUAUUAGCAUUAUUUGCUAUUAAAUUCUACUACAACAAAAAAUGUAAAAUUUUGAAUUCAAUCGCGACAAAUAUAACUUGCAUCAUCAAAAAGCUUGUAAAAAACUACAUAAAAAGUCUUUUAAACAGUUUUUUUAUUCUUCAAAUGGUUAUUGCUGUAAAUUAGGCACGUUAUCUCGCUAAAAGUCCCUAAUUAAUUAUUCGAUGUUUGAAAAUGCGUUUUUAACAGUUUAUAAUUCGAAAACAAUUUCAGAAAUCAACAAACUGUCUAAACGUCUUAUAUGCAGUUUUUUAUAAGCUUUCUGAUGAUGCAAGUCAUAUUUGUUGUAAUUGAAAACAAAAUUUCACAUUUUUUGGCUAUAAUAGAAUUCAAUAGAAGAAAAUCACUAAUCACCCGCUUUCAGGAGUUAGCAGCAAAAUAGCGAUGGCCCCACUUCAAAUAUCUAUUAAGCAAAUAAAACUACAUCAAUUGUAAAAGUUUGAUGCUUUUAACCUCAACGGGAACUACUGAUCAAUAAUUUUACACAUAUCCGCCUCACUAUUUGUAAAACAACAGAGCAACGUUGAUAUUAGGUUGCCGACGUCGCAACCUUUUUUUAGUAAUUUUUACCAAAUUUCAACGUUGAAAGAACGUCGUUUGCCCUGUGGAUAAAUGCACUACUCACUCGUCUUAUUUAUUCUCCAUCAGUUAGUGCCCAACUUCCUGGUGCUAAUGGUUAUUCUGGAGGAAAAGUUAUAUUUAUCGACACCGAGGUGAAUAUUCUCACUAACAGUUAUGUGUUGUAAUUAUUAACGCUCCAUGAAAAACUAUACAUUAUUUUUUUAUCUUUUCAGAAUACAUUGUAUCCUUUUUGUUUAUGAUUAGAAUUAAACAGAUUAUGUAGUUUUAAUGUAAAUCAUUCUUGCAAGAGUUUAUUGAAGGUAAAAUAAUACGAUAUUUAAAUUGCAGCAAUGCAAAUAUGUUUGCUUCAAUAAGUGCCAACUUUUCUGAAGUUGACCACCAUCUGCUGCCCUGUGUUACGAAUAUUACUUCACCCAAGAAGAAAAUUCCAUUCCAAAAAGUAGGGGAGACAAACUAGGCAAACAGACGUAGUCUAUAUAGCUUAUAUAUUACGAAUGUCCAAAAAGUGGGGGACGCGUGCCCCCCCCCUCCCCUCUUCUCAUUCCCCACGUCCCCUCCCCAGGAGUGAUGCCUUCGACUUCACCUUGAACCAUACCUUGAACCAUUCAUUAACUAAGCCCAUUUUCCAUUAGGCGAAUUUGUUCGCGCGAACAGUAAAAAAGUUGGAACUGAUCCAAGUUUUUCGCGCCGAAUGUUUGCGCUAACCAAUCACAUUGCCAAGGUUUGUUUUCACCUCGCGCGAACAAAUUCUCCUGGACCUGGUGGAAAAUGGGCUUAACUCGUACCUCGUUACAUACAAAAUGUUGUUUGUUUAACUAAAAUUCAGUCGUCCAGAUCGUUUGAGAGAAAUCGCAGAUCGCUUCAACCUGGAUCAAAAUGCAAUGUUGGACAACGUUUUGUACUGCCGAGCAUACACCAGUAAGAAAUCUAUCGCAAAUUAGAUAACGUUUACUCAUUGUUUAACACUGAGUCAGUUCCCUCAAACAUUUCUUACAAAUCCUUCAAAAACUUAGAAUUUACCCAUGCAAAAUUCCUACUGUGAUCACAAAAACUUUGAUAGUGUAAAUCAGGCUUAAGGCACUGCGAUUUCUGGUGCGAUAUUCUUUUUCUGAUGCAUGGAAACGAGUAGAUGAGUUAUGAUAUUCUGAACCUUAAAGUUCAAUGAAAUACUUUCAUUCAUAACUCAUCCAGUCGUUUACAUCCAUCAGAGGAAGAAAAUCCAAAUCGUUGGCUAUCUCCACAACAUAAAUUUACAAGCAUUCUGAUACCAUCAACGUUUUGCAGUUGUAAUGAUUUUUUUGGCAUUCGUAUAGGUGAACAUCAAUUUGAAUUACUGGAUAUAGUUGCAGCGAAAUUCCAUGAAGAGCCUGGAGUAUUCAAAUUGUUGGUAUGUGAAGAUUGAUCUACAUGCAAGAUCGAGAGGAUUUUAUUUCGUGUUUUUGAUAUUUUCGUUUUGCAGGUUAUUGAUUCAAUUAUGGCAUUGUUUCGAGUUGAUUUCUGUGGCAGAGGGGAGUUAGCAGACAGACAGCAAAAGCUCGCUCAGAUGUUAUCACGAUUGCAGAAGAUUUCCGAAGGUACGAAGCUUGCAAUAUAUAUGCAAUUUGGACGUUUUGUCAUUUUAUCCAAAUAUUUUACGAAGACUUUUGUGUAAAUAAAGUUUUUUUGGCUAUACUAUAACUUCAUGAUUUAUACUAUACCAUGCACUCGAUGUGUUUCUGUUUUUAGAGUUCAAUGUUGCUGUUUUUAUCACAAAUCAGGUACAAAGUACCACUGUUUUUUCUCAACCUAUUAAGAUGACAGAAAGCCUAAACCUGAACCGCUAUUCUAAAUAAAUAAUUUUUUAUAUGUUUGUGAUGUUGUCUCUGAGUGUGUCCACAUCGGGCAAGCUGAAAAGUUUGCUUGACCGCGGUGGGAAUCGAACCCGCGGCCUUUGCAUGGUUUGCUAGCCAUAAAUAGUUAUUGGAUUUUGGGGAAUAUUCGAGGGGAAAAUCGACGUAUGAACUUGUAUUAAAAUCUGAAUCUUUUCGUUUUUAGAUGACUGCAGAUCCAGGAGGUAAGAUAUUUUAAACGUACACUGUUCUUUGUUUCAAAAAUGCAUUUUUCAAAUAUUCAAUGUUAUUAGAUUUACGGAGGUUAUAUGUAUAUGUUACUUAACUGAUUAACAACACAAAAACUAAUUUUCUCUUUGUUUUCUGCAAUGCCUCCAUCAUGUUGAUGUUGAAAAUAGCAACCAUGAGGUGAGAUUUCUUAUUCAGUUUAGUUCAGUCUAAUUCUCAGACCAAUAGCAUGGUUCGAUAAUUUAAAAUUUUUAUCUGUACCUCCCUAGUAUACACUCCAAUUAUUGAUUAUAUAAAAUUUAGAAAGAUUUAAACUGUUCCGUCUCAUAACCUCGACUUCUUGUUGCAGUUUUCAGGCAGAUCCAAAGAAACCAAUUGGUGGUCAUAUUCUGGCACAUGCCUCCACGACGCGCGUUGCAUUACGGAAAGGCAGAGGAGAAUUACGAAUUGCAAAGAUUUAUGACAGGUAGCUGAUAGUUAUGUAGCUAAAUGUAGAGUUGGGAGAACUCUCAUGCAAACUCUCGCUUCUCAACUCUCAUCAACUCUCAUUCUCGUUUGACCAGGACGUAACGCUGAAUUUUUGACUGCCGUUAACACCCUGAAUUUUUCACCUCUAGUCCCGACUUACCUGAAAACGAGGCCACGUUUGCAGUAACUGCUGGAGGUAUUGCGGAUGGCAAAGAAUAACUGGAAAUAUUAUUAUUCCACCUUAAACCCAAUUGAAACAAAGUAAACUUCAAUAAUUCUUACAAAUUUUGACAUUUCAAAAAGUAUGAAUAAUUUCAUAUGUUGAUUGUAUAGCUAAUCAUUCGCGGUUUUACUUUUAUUCCUGAC